AGAAGAAGGAGACAAGGAAGGAGGAAUAGCUAAGAUGGCGAAUCCUCAACAAUUUCUUCCUCAAACAGCGGUACCACUGUACACGGGGGUAAUGUCGGGUACGGUGCCUGGUAUCAGCCCAGCAGUGAACCCGCCAGCUGCGGUGUCAUGUUAUCUUUGUGGGAAGGUCGGGCACUAUGCCCGGAACUGUUGGGCCGCCGGAAAUGGGAAGCCGCCUCCGCAGAUCCAACAGGGGCAGACAUCGGGAACAGCUGAUGAGGAGAUGAAUGAGAUGAAGAUGUACUUUCGUAAGAAGAUACAGAGAGAAAAAAUGGAGGAGGAAAGGAGUGACCUAGAACGAGAGGAGCAAAGGAGGAAGCAAGAGGAGAUGAGAAGAGAGGCGAAGAGAUUAAGGGAAGUGGAUGCACGCGAAGCACGGCUCGAAGCAAGGUUGGUGAAAUUGGUAAGUCAACAUACGAAGUCUGAACGCAACGUUACAGCGCCGGUAAUGAAGAAGAAAUCACCCCGGACGAAGGCCAGGGUGCUAAGAGAGAUCUGCAACUACAUUGAUGAGUCUGAGGACGAGAGCGAUGAGGUAAAGCAUGAGGCGGCGAGGCUUGUUGACGCGAUCGAGAGGAGGAAAGGCAAGCGAAGGAACGGGGAAGAAAAAGCGAUUUCAACUACACGGGUGAGGACAACGAAGACCACACCGAUCAUCAUUGAAGAUGUUCCCGAAGAGGCGCACACACCGCCAACAAGGGAGAAAGAGAAUGUGGAAGGAGUAUACGGAGGGGUGUUGGAAUUCGUCCUGGAGAUGCACAAGACAUUAUCGGCAAAGAAAGUGCCUGAACUGCGCAGGAUAUGCAACGAGGAAGGGAUUGAAUGGAAGAGGAAGGAUGUGGCGGUUAGUGAGAUAGUUAGAUGUCGAGCGAAGUUGGCCUUUGGAGAAGCAAACGACUCAACGUAUGUGUCGCCAUUAUCACGGAGGUAGGCAGAUUAUAGUGAUGGAGUGCCCGAGUUUCUGAGUUGCCUGAGUUUCUGAGUUGCCUGAGAUACCGGAGGGAUGGAAGGACUAGAAUCGGAGCAGCUGCAACUGCUGAUGAAGAGAAGGGGGAGACGGCCACCGUUCAACACUCAGGCGACGAACUCAUAAUGCUAUGCCUUAAUAUAGUUGCUCUCUAGGUCUCUCCUCGCAGUCCGAUAUUCCCAGUCCACAUCUCAUCACCUACCGUGCAUCCUCCCUCCCUGGUCACCUCGUUCCUACCGUAUAAUAAUACUAAAAAACUUUUUCACUUUCAUCAAUCCACUGCACCUCAUCCAAUAUCCCGUC